AAAUAGCUACAAUUCAACUCUGCGCCGAUCGCUGUUUCCUUUUCACGGUGCAUUCAUUCGUCAUCCACGGAGUUUCUGCAUCUGCUGCUGUCAGAUGCGUGAGGAACUCUUCAAACCGAUGAUUUCUGACGAGCUUCUUUGGUGAUUCUUUGCCUCUGGAGUUCUUCCAUGGAUUCUGAUGGCCGCGAAGAGGCAGCCCCUCUUGUUGUUGUGGCCGACUGCUCUUCCUCCGACGCCAGGCAACCAAAGAACCAUGCCAUAGAUACCCAUAUCCUGAGCUUUGCCUUCCUGUUCAUCUUCUCCGCUUAUGGAGCAGCUCAGAAUCUUCAGAGCACUGUUAAUACGGAGCAAGGUUUGGGAACAAUCUCCAUGGGGAUACUCUAUCUAUCUUUCACGUUCUUCUCUGUUUUUGCUUCUGUGGUGGUUCGCUGGAUGGGAUCAAAGAAAGCUCUUGUUUUGGGAACUACUGGAUACUUGCUUUUCAUAGCCUCCAAUCUUAAACCUUCAUG